AUGGGCACUGGAGGCUACAAGCAGAUAAAUAAGGCGUUGAAUGUGUCUGUCUUCGAGGACUACCUCCAGAGUCAACAAGCACGACUGCCCCGACUACCUGAUGUGCAGCAAUUGAGCCCUCGAGUGAUCAGAAUACUGGGUCAAAAUACAGGAAAGUUUACUCUUCAAGGCACGAACACCUAUAUUAUCGGGACUGGCAAGCAAAGACUUAUCAUCGACACCGGGCAGGGGAUACCGAAAUGGGCAGAUCUAGUGGAGUCAACCCUCGACAAGGGUUCCUUCAGUUUAUCGAUGGUCAUGCUCACACAUUGGCAUGGUGAUCACACUGGUGGAGUGCCCGAUCUAAUUCGCAUGUACCCAACGCUUGCUGGCCAUAUUUAUAAACACAGUCCUGCAAAGGACCAAAGAUCUAUCACAGACGAACAGAUAUUUAGUGUCGAAGGUGCAACCGUCCGCGCUGUCCACGGACCAGGCCAUUCUCACGAUCACGUCUGCUUUGUUCUCGAAGAAGAAAAUGCCAUGUUCACAGGCGAUAACAUCCUGGGCCACGGGACUAGCGCAGUCGAAGACCUCGCUACUUACAUGCGUACUCUAAAUACGAUGAAGAGUCAACAUUGUAGAAUCGGCUAUCCAGCUCACGGGGAAGUCAUCCCGGAUCUACCAGCGCCUGACCCAAAUCCCCUGUGCCCCAGUGGUACCCAGAACCAGUUACUAUGCUUGACUAUCCUUGGCUACCGCCGAUCGGAUCUUAGUGAGGAACAAUACAGGGAUCAUAUGAUCAACAUAUCGGCUCCCAUGACGAAAGACCUCAUGGCCAAAUACGGCAUCAGACGAUGGACUAUGAUUCACAAUAACUCAGAAACUCGGGAAUUGAUGUACCAGUUGAUGGAUCCCCAGAUGGCCAACAUUGCAGACUACGAUUGUUUCAGCCAAGUAGUGUUUAAGAGCAUUGAUGACUACAAGAAGAUAAAGGAAGACCCCUGGUACAAAGAACAUUUGGUUGGGGAUCAUGAAAACUUUGCCGAUACGAAGCGGAGCAAGAUGACGAUUGGUUGGAUCACCGAAUUUGUUCGAGAUGGAAAGGUUGCGGAUAGGCCCAUUUCUUAA